AAAAUAAACAGAAAAAGAACAAGAACAAGUUAAUCAUGUACCCAAAAUCCAAACGUACAAGCACCAUCCAAACUUAAUCUUGGAGUUAAGUGCAGGUCUGAAACACUCCAGUUCUUGCAUGUACAGGCCUGAGUCCAAUCAAAUGACAAUUAAAACGAAAAACAGAAAUGGAAUUUAAUUUCCUGUUCAACAACUGAAAACCACUGUUAAUAAUAAUAAUAAUAAUAAUAAUAAUAAUGAUAAUAAUAAUUUGAAAAGCUUGCUUUCCUUGAUCAAACUGCCAACCCUUGUAAGUCCCAUCAUCAGCAAAUACAUACUCUGCUCCGUGGGGAUGUUAACUUUGACACAAAGCAAAGGAUCAGAAGUUUUCAAGGAUAAGUGAAACCACACCUUAUUUUCUUCAGCUACACAUUUCAAGAACAUAUAUAUUAAAGUCACUUGCAUAAUCUUCUCCAACCAUGCGCAAUGCCGGGAGUCAUUUUAAUGUUGUGUCUGCUGAGCAGCUCUUUGAUUAUCAGUGAGGCGAUAAAUAGAGCAGACUUUCCUGAUGGGUUUGUAUUCGGGACGGCUUCCUCUGCUUACCAGUUUGAAGGGGCUGUGAAAGAGGGGAAUAAAGGAGACAGUAUAUGGGACACAUUUACAAGACGACCAGGAAGGAUUCUGGAUUUCAGCAAUGCAGAUGUUGCAGUGGAUCAGUAUCAUCGGUUCAAGGCUGAUGUGGACUUGAUGAAGGACUUGGGAAUGGACGCGUAUCGGUUCUCCAUCUCAUGGUCAAGAAUUUUCCCAAAUGGAACUGGAGAGCCCAAUUCAGAGGGAAUAAAUCAUUACAACCACCUCAUAAAUGCAUUGUUGGAGAAAGGAAUACAACCAUACAUUACAUUAUACCACUGGGAUCUUCCUCAGGCAUUAGAAGAUAGAUAUGAAGGCUGGCUGAAUAUUCAGAUAGUAGAGGACUUCAAUAAUUAUGCAUUCACUUGCUUCAAAGCCUUUGGAGACAGAGUGAAGCACUGGAUUACAUUCAACGAACCUCAUGGUUUCUCAAUUCUAGGCUAUGAUACAGGAAUACAGGCUCCUGGGAGGUGUUCAAUUCUCUCUCAUUUGCUCUGUAAAAAGGGAAAAUCAUCGACCGAACCAUAUGUAGUUGCUCAUAAUAUUCUUCUAUCCCAUGCAUCUGUAUUUCAUACUUACAAGCUCCAUUUUAAGGCCAAGCAAGGGGGUGCCAUUGGAAUUGCUCUGGAUUCCAAAUGGUAUGAACCAUUUUCAGAUGCUGACGAAGACAUUGAUGCUGCUCGUAGAGCAAUGGACUUUGAGCUAGGAUGGUUCUUAGAGCCUCUGCUCUUUGGUCAAUAUCCUCGCUCAAUGCAGGAUCUUGUUGGCAGCAGACUACCAACAUUUACAGCUGAGAUGUCAAAAUUAUUGGCUGGCUCACUGGAUUUUCUUGGCAUAAAUCAUUACACCACAUUAUAUGCUCGAAAUGAUCGCACCAGAAUUUGGAAGCGGAUACUAGAUGAUGCUUAUACUGAUGCGGGUGUCAUUAGAACUGCUUUCCGGUAUGGGGAGUUGAUAGGCGAAAACGUAAGCUGCAGCACGAGGUCUCUCAAUGCUUACAAAUUCAUGUCCAAUAACCAACCAGACUUAAUUGAAUGUAUAUCCUUUCAGGCAGCAUCCCGGUGGCUGCACAUAGUUCCAUGGGGCAUUCACAAGUUGAUGAGCUAUAUCAGGAAAAACUACGGGCAUACACCAGUCAUCAUAACAGAAAAUGGAAUGGAUGAUGCAAACAGCCCUUUCAUUGCCCUAGACAAGGCAUUACAGGAUGACAAGAGGAUAAAUUACCACAAUGAUUACCUCUCUAACCUUCACGCUGCCAUAAGGGAGGAGGGAUGCGACAUUCGUGGUUACUUUGUAUGGUCAUUGCUAGACAAUUGGGAAUGGAACUCAGGUUACACAGUCCGAUUUGGGCUAUACUUCAUCGAUUACAAGAACAACCUUACAAGAAUACCAAAAGACUCUGCUUACUGGUUCAAAAAUUUUCUAGGAAAAUCUGCUCCAAGAAAAGCAAACAUGUGAUUGUGACUAAUACCCUAAUUUAUUUUAUGUUUACGCACACACAAGUACAUACAAAAUUGUUUUCGAAGCUAACAUGUGAGAUGUACAUCAUAACAACACGAAGUAUUGUAAAUUAAUAUUAUUCUCAAUUGACGAAA